UACUAAACGACCCAACGUCCGAGGCCUCUUACUGUCGACAUCCCUUAUAUCCUAGAUGAACACCCUUUGGCGGCUUGGGAGAACGAAGAGAGGAGAUCGAUGACGCACCAAGGUGGCAGGAGGUAUAAGGAUGCCGAGGCCCCUUAUUGUCGAGAUCCCCUACAUCCCAAACCCAAUUUUCUCUGAAGAAGAAACCAAGAUCUUCUUUGUUGAAGGUCCUGGAACUGAUAAAAUCUUCCAAAAUAUAUCACAGCUAAAGACUAAAACUGUUUCAUUCUUGGCCAGCGCUGCCUUUACCGAUGAAGAGAAGCGCUUCCCCGCUCCAUACACCUUCUCCAGCCAGACACUAGAGUAGCAUCUCUAGCAGAGGAGAUUAUCAAAACGACUUCAGUCUCUCAAGAACAUGAAGACUUGGUGAAGAACUGUUUGAGGCUCACUCUCAGCUUCC